AUGGAUGAACAACAUUCUGCUCGAAGUGCUUGGCCAGAUCCUCCCAACUACUAUAAACGAUACACCUCAGAGAAUUUGGAACAACUGAAACAGGCCAAAAAGAUGGGUGUCUUUCCAGAACAACCACUAACAGCACCACUAAACUCUGAAUUUUUACUCAAAGAACUCGAACCACCAGUACCACCUACAGAUGAAUACACUGUAUUUGAUCAGAAAUGGCAGAUCAAUGAUCGCUUGCCAACACUCGAAGAACUUCAAGUGAAGCAAUUGUAUCCAGAAAGUGGAGAUAUAGACCGCGUUAAAGAAUUAAAGAAGCUAAAUAGAUCUCUCAUUACGCAGUUUUUAAACUUGUUGGACGUACUUGUAAAGAAGCCCGACGAGUUUGGUAGAAACAUCGAGAAUAUCAGCAAUAUAUUUAUUAAUAUGCAUCACAUUCUGAACGCGUAUCGUCCACAUCAAGCAAGAGAAACGUUACGACUACUUAUGGAGACUCAAUUAGCAAAAAAGCGUCAACAAACUUUAGAAUUAAGAGCUAAAUCUAAAGAGGCUACUGAUUUCCUUCAAGGUCUGCAGAUUGUUAAAAAGGAAGAAUAA